CUUGUUAUGUGUUAAAACACAAAGCGUUAUUAGGUCUGUAGUUUUGUUUAGGGUCGUAUCCCCUUUUGGUUUGUUUUUGUAAGCUAUGAUAUUUAAUGUACGUAAUGCCUUGAGCGUGAAAAGAAUAUUAACUCGCUCGUUUAGUGAAAACUAUGUGAAAUUACGUUCAAGAACGUACAAUCGCAAUGGUGCUCUGUACUACUAUCCAUGUGUGGUAUGUUACUCAAGAGCCUACACUACAGCGCUUAACAGUUCAUACACAAAUAUUUCAAAAAUCAUCUCUGAAAUUGAAAAACCAGCCACACCUUUAAGGCUAUACAAUGCAUUACUUAAGGAAGGUGUUAUAGAAAAAGAUGAAAAGCAAAAUUCUGUGAUACAAAUUCUUGAAAAGUUACAUUUAAAACUGGAUGGCUAUGAAGCAGUGCAAAAGGGUGGCAGUUUUUUCACUAAAAUUUUUUCUUCGCAUGCAACAAGGCCACCCCAAGGGUUGUACAUAUAUGGUAGCGUGGGUACUGGCAAGACAAUGCUUAUGGAUUUGUUUUUCUCUUGUGUGAACGUGGAUAGAAAACAAAGAAUUCAUUUUAACUCCUUUAUGUUAGAUGUACAUGCAAGGAUUCACAAAUUAAAGAAAGGCUUGGCAAGAAAUCUUGGCACAAAACCUCAACCUUACGAUCCAAUCGGACCAGUGGCUCGUGAAAUUAGCUCCGAAAUAUCUUUGCUGUGUUUUGAUGAGUUUCAGGUCACAGACAUAGCCGAUGCCAUGAUUUUGAAACGAUUAUUUACUGAGUUAUUCGCUAAUGGUGUUGUAAUGGUAGCUACAAGUAACAGGCCACCUGAAGACCUUUACAAGGGGGGUCUACAGCGAUCAAACUUUAUUCCAUUCAUAGACAUCUUAAAAACCCAUUGUACUUCGUGUUGCAUCGACUCGCAAACUGAUUAUCGGCUCUUGGGCGCACCUUGUGACGGCCAGGUGUAUUUAUUGACAUCUGACCCACAAACAGACAAAAACAUGGACGAAAUCUUCAAAUACCAUGUCUCAAUGCAAAGUGGUUCAACCAGUGUAGCAACAUCUAAAACACUACGUGUGCUUGGUCGGGACUUACAAGUGCCAAAGUUUUGUGGUAGGGUGGCAGAUUUUACUUUUGAGCAGAUUUGUAUGCAGGCAGUAGGAGCAGUUGAUUACAUUGAGCUAAGCAAGGAGUUUGACAUCAUCUUGAUCCGAGAUGUCCCACGGAUGAACAUCUUCCGGAAGACAGAAGCGAGAAGGUUCAUCACUCUCAUAGAUACUUUCUAUGAUGCAAAAGUGGGUUUAAUCUUAUCUGCGGAAACGGAAGCUUCUGAAUUAUUCGUAAACGCAACAGAAGAAGAAAAAGUACAAGUUCUUCAAAGGGAAUCAAUUAUUUUAGAUGACCUAAACCUAAAACAGACUCAAGACUCCUUGGACCUCAACAUCUUCUCUGGUGAAGAGGAACAGUUUGCGUUCCAGAGAGCUCUGUCGCGCCUUCGAGAGAUGCAGACUGAAAACUAUUGGAAAGAACGAGUCUCAAAUCCAGAGAUUUAAAUUUCCUAUGAACUUUUAUUUUUUGAAGAAAUUUUAGUCUUUUCUUUAAAUUUAUCAAUAUUUUAGGAAAUUUUAACUUUUUUUGUGUCGUGUGAAACUGUUAUGUUUUUAGGUAAAUUUUAGCAACAUUUUAUAUUUUAAAUGUUGAACUUUCAUUUAAGGUACCCUAAAUUAUAAAUUUCUGCAAAAACUGUUUAAAAUUUUUAAAACUAAUUUGGUUUAACAGUAUCGUACUUGCAUGUAUUUUAAAUAACUACAUUAAACGUUUGUGCAUAUUGCUAAUUUUAUUCUGCGUAUGUUUCCAGUGUGUUCUAUACCUCUAUCUUAUGACACUCUUCAUUAUGUAAAGUUUCACUUUAACUUGUCGAUUAAAGAGCAAUAAAUACAUCCGCAAGACGGCGGUGCGGAGCUAUUGUAAAAAUGGCUUUAAGUAUUGGAAAA